UGCUUUUGGGCUCUUCGGUUCCCCCAGAAGUAUUUCUUCUCAGUUUUCGAUAACGCGCCAAGACGAACGGAACAGGGCAACGGGUUUUAUAACCAAGUAAAAGCUGAACAAAUAUGCACUCGCACGUACUUUACCCGUGACGUCGUGGGCUCAAAUCCUCCUCGAGUUCCCUUAAAAUAGCCGCCUCUUCGUGUAACCCCCAACAGUAUUGACCAAGUCGGCCAGGUGCUAACUACCCGCCGGUUAUUAGAGUUGCUGUAACCGUUGGCAACACGGCCACAGCAAAGUUAUUUACACUUUACCGGAUAUAAUUUGCAAUUACAUACCCGCCUAAAAAUAAACCCGAAACAAAGUGGAAAAUUUAAAAACACAACCUUCGAGAUGCCUGAUGUAAAGUUCCUUUCCGUUCUGCCCACGAAUGCCAGUUCCUCGGAUCGAGUCAAUAGGCUGUCCAUUAGCGGUAGCCUCCUCCAGAAUCCCCAGCAAUUCUCGGUGAACUUUGUCAACAGUACGGACUGCACGGACAACAUCACCUAUCACUUCAAGGUGAUUAUCCCCACGCAGACGAUUGUGGAGAACUACAAGCGGAACGGCGAGUGGAGCAGCCUGCAAAAGGAUACCGAACUGAACAUCUUCGACGAGACCUCGUUUUGCCUUGAAUUCGUCUUCGACUACCCCAAUUCCAUGAUGCUUGUUUACCAGGGCAGGGAACUGGGCCACAAUUUCAUAACCAAGUACGAGACCCUCUUUUCCCUCACCGACAUCCAGGCGGUACAGGUGUGGGGCGAUGUGCAGAAGGUCAACCAGUAUGCCCUGAGCUACAACUGAUAGGAAGUUGAUCAAGAUCCAAUAUCCAAAAUCCCCCAGGUAGCUGGUCAUUUUCUCCUAUUUAAUGUUUAGUUCCAUCGCUUAGUCUGAAGUUCGGUGGCUGGGCACCCUUAGUCCUAACACUGCACGAUCCUAAACCCCUCACCUUUAGUUCUAACUAAAGUAGUUUGUUCGAUUUCGCACCCCAUCUACAUUAUUGUGCCGUAGUAUUGACCUGCUUUCACUCUUUCUUCGUUUGUUAAUCUUUGUUAACUAGGUCUAAAGAGCUUUUUCUUGAAAAAUGAUAUUAAAACAUUACUUGAUAAAUUUAACUGAUUCGUAGAUUAGUUCGACGAUCCUAUUUAUUUUAUUUCGAAAAAAAUUAACAUAUUUAUUGACUUUUUAUUACCUUGCCUACCGAUCAAAUUUAUUUUUGCAGUAUUUUCUGUUAUUAUUGCAAAAAUACUUCUUAUUUUAAUUGGAACGAUUUUAUUUGCUGAUUUUGAUUGUUUGUGAUCACUUUUCCCUCUUGCCUAGAAAUUCAAUUUUUUAAACCUCCUGAGUAUCCUGUGACAUAACUACAGAUCUUACCUUUUGUCGUAGUUGCUGAUUAUUCCUUCGUUGAUUUUAAUUGUUAGUUGUUAGGCCAAAGAAUUUUAAGUAUUCCUUGCUUGCUGAAGUCUUCCAUUUAGAUUUUGAACGUAAUUGUAAGCUUUCCAUGUAAUACCCACAUACAUAUACCACGCCAAGUAUUAAAAGUUGCAUUGCUUUUUCCUUAAUUAAAUGCGUAAUCACGAAAAUUCAUCGGAAUUGGUUUUCUUUAAUGCUAAUAAAAUUAUAUUCGGAAACCGUUGGGAAACGUGCUUGUAUUUGUUUUCCAUU